GAUACCCUUUUGCAAUAUGCCAAAAAUUGAGCCGUAAUAAAUUCGCCCAAAUCAGUUCUUAAUGGACUUAAUCAUCGUUGAAGAAUAGCCUCAGGGCGAAUCCGUGAUCUGUAGCCGUCAAAAUCCUAAGAAAAUGGUCUUUCGGCGCACAUAAAAUUACGAAAAAUGCUAUCCGAAAUAAAUUGGCCCAAAACGCUACUUAAUGGACUUAUCGUCCAUGGAGAAUAGUAUCAAUAGACUAUAGUAUCAAUAGACUUCAUUAUCGAUGGAGGAUAGCCUCGGCUUGAUUCCGCGAUCUGUAGCCUCCAAAAUCGAAAGAAAAUGGCAUUUCGGACAAAUCACCCAAUAUUUGUGAUGGUACCCCUUUGCAAUCUGCCAAAAAUUGACCCGGAAUAAAUCCGCCCAAAUCGGUGCUUAAUGGACUUCAUCAUCGUUGAAGAAUAGCCUCAGUACGAAUCCGUGAUCUGUAGCCUUCAAAAUCCAAAGAAAAUGGCCUUUCGACGCCCACAAAAUUACGAAAAUGCCAUCCGAAGAUAAAUUGGCCCAAAUCGGUGCUUAAUGGACUUAUCACCUGUGGAGAAUAGGAUUAAUAGACUUCAUUAUCGGUGGAGAAUAGCCUAGGGCUGAUUUCGUAAUCUGUAGCCUCCAAAAUCGAAAGAAAAAGGCAUUUCAGAAAAAUCGCCCAAAAUCUAUGAUGGUACCCCUUUGCAAUCUGCCAAAAAUUGACCCAGAAUAAAUCCGCGACUUGAUUCCGUGAUUUGUAGCCUCCAGAAUCGAAAGAAAAAGGCAUUUCAGAAAAAUCGCCCAAAAUCUGUGAUGGUACCCCCUUUGCAAUGUGCCAAAAAUUGACCAGGAAUAAAUUCGCCCAAAUCAAUGCUUAAUGGACUUAAUCAUCGUUGAAGAAUAGCCUCAGGCCGAAUCCCAUAAACGAAGUUUGGAUACUUGUCCUUUUGGUCCUUAAAUUAGUCAAGAAAAUAAGUCGCUUCGCCACGAGCCAUAUUCUUUUGUAUUUCUUGUUCAAAUGGUUCUUCUAAUCAGAUUUGGUAAAAGUCAUAUUCUCAUGCCCACCCUCACACUCAGCCCGUAGAUGAUACAAUGACUUAAUACUCAUCCCGACAUUGCAAUUUGCUUCGGCCACCCGUCCUUGAGCAUCCAAAAUUGUGUUAUAGUUAUACUAGUAAGUGGAAUGCUCUCGCACAAACCGUCCAAUAGGGAGGUGUUUCGAUCAGAUUCUUAUAGGCAAUGUGGUAUCCCUAGAGAGCCUCAUCAAGUUAGUCUACCAAUAUCUGUGAGAAUGACCAACUAUCUUUUACAAGAUUUGUUUGAAUUAUUUGUUUGUGAUAUCCACUUUGGAGUUUUUUUUUAUGACAGGAAAUAGAUUAGAGUGAGGCACUCCAAACUGACCACAUACUCGCUAGAACUGGUGUUGCAAGUGGGUGCCCAAUCAUUGAUAAUGCAACAUUAUGUACAAAAUCGAGUAAAGAGUUUCUUCAAAAACUUCCCCUUUGCCCACUUCAAGACAUAGUCCACAUGAACUAUAAUGUACUCGUUUCCAAGGGAUGGAGGAAAGGGUAUCAUAAAGUUGAUUCCUCAAACAUUGAACGGUUCCAUCGGUUUAAUAUUUGGGGCAUAUUGUUCCUCCAGUAUACAUUUUCACAGUUGUUGUCAUGCAUCUCAUACCUUAGAGUAUCAAUCACAAACUUGAAAGAUCGUAGGCUAGUAGAAUCCACGUUCUAGAACUUUGCAAGUCAUUCUGAUGGUUAGACACACCUUCGAAUAAUUCCAUCUGAUUCGAUACAAAUGAAAUAUUGCCAUAAAUAGUAUUUUAAUAUACAAAUAACUUCUUCUUUUUAUAGUCGAGACCACUUAGUGCCAGUCAUAUAGGUUGUCAUGUUAGCGAAAUAAGGACCCUGUGCCUCUUCAAUUGGUAUCGAAAAAUGUACUGAUUAGGGAAGGAGUUAUUGACAUCAACCAUGCCUGUGGAUUGGAUUCACCAUUCUUGGCAAUAAAAUAUAUGAGUGCUUGGUGAUCGAUGCAGAUCAUCAUAUCAUAUAUCACUAGAUUAAGAGCAGAAAUUACAACUAACACACAUGCAUUAGUUCUUUCUAUGUGGUCGUGUAAUUUCACUCGGCAUCAUUUAUUGUUCGAAUGUCAUAGUAUGUAGCACAAAACUGAUGCUCCUUUCUCUGACAACAUUGCGCCGAUUGAUAAUCUCUAGCAUCACACAUUGAGUUCGAAGGGUGAGGACCAUUUUGGUACAACGAGGAUAAGAGCAUGAGUGAGGUUCUUUUUCAUGAACUCGAAUUCUAAUUGGCCUUUUUUAUCGAAUUUAAAACACUUGCUUAAACCACUAAAAUGUGAACCGCUCACGGUAGUCUAUAUCGGUACAUACUCAGGUCAGUUUCCGACAACAUUGGCUAUUUUGCUAGAUGACCUUAGUUGAAUGAUCUAUACUAAGAGAUGACAUAUAUGAGUGAUGGGUUUUGUAAAUGGGGUUAGUCAGGUGACUAGUUAAGAAAUUCGACUUUUUAAUUUGUUUCUACUUUCUACGCAAUGGCGCAAUCAGACGACAACAUAGAAAUUAGAAUAAUCCAUUCGUCCAUCGUUCUCCAUCCAAGCGGUAAACCAAUAUCCAUCGUCCAUUCAAAUAUCUAUCAACGGACCUGCAUAUCGAUCCGUGUCUUUCAUCCUCAUUGGUCGAAAGACAAGUUCGCACUCUCUAUAUAAAUCCAACCGCUCCCUUUCUUCAGUCUAACAAAUCAAUUGCGUUUGUCAUCCUUCUCCCGAGCUCGUGUUCCUGCAAAUUCCUCUCAUUUUCUCUCAAAGGUUUUCUUUCCCGGGGAAAUUUGAUUCAGAGAUGGCCGGUAGGGGGAAAACCCUAGGUUCUGGUGCCGCGAAGAAGGCGACCUCCAGGAGCAGCAAGGCUGGUUUGCAGUUUCCCGUCGGCCGUAUCGCCAGGUUCUUGAAGGCCGGCAAGUAUGCCGAGCGUGUUGGUGCCGGUGCCCCUGUCUACCUCGCGGCCGUUCUCGAAUACCUUGCCGCUGAGGUGCUUGAAUUGGCUGGAAACGCAGCAAGAGACAACAAGAAGACCAGAAUUGUGCCCCGCCACAUCCAGCUUGCGGUGAGAAAUGACGAGGAAUUGAGCAAGCUUCUCGGAGACGUGACAAUCGCCAACGGUGGUGUGAUGCCCAACAUCCACAACCUUCUCCUCCCAAAGAAGGCUGGCGGGUCUGGAUCCAAGGCUUCUGCCGACGACGAGAGCUAAACCUGUCAGAAGAGGAGGAAUCUUUUUCUUCAUCAACGGGAAUUGCAAAUUAGGGGUUAAAGUUUGGUUUUUUUGUUUUUGGUUUGUGUCCGCAUUUGUGAUAGUAGGAGGAAAGUCGGUAUCUUUAGUAGGUGGGGUGGUUUAUGUUGAAAUUGUAGGGCAGGGUGUUGGAUUAGGUCUUAGGCGAGAAUGGUAGAGAAGUUAGCUGUAAUUGAUUUGUGUGUUCUUGAUCUAAUGUCCUCUGUUUCACUCAACAGCUUUUCUGCAGAUGCUUAUAUUGUAAAUUCACUGUUUAGGUAGUUUGAUUGCCUUGUUUCAAUCUUGUGCUCUGCUUUCCACUAGCUUCCAUUCUCUUCUUAAAAAAUCUCCUAUUGAGUCCUUUAUUUCAUUGCAAUCAGAGCUGUAUGGUAAUUGGUACUUCCCUUCUGCGUAGUUGGCAACUAUAUUUUGCCCGGACAGAGAUGGGAAACUGCAUUUUAUGGUAAUAGACAGAAAUACCGACGUGCAUUUUCGAUGGCUUCAUGUUGAUUAGAUUGUCAUGGAGUUUUCUUGAUGGAGUUCAAUUAUCUUACUACUUAAGCUCUUCCUUAGUGCAACAAAAAAAAAAAAAAUGUUCUUUUGUGCUUCCUGAUCUUCUAGAUCUGAAGUAUUGUGAGCUGCGAUAUAUUUGCUGAGCACAUAUCUAUAUACAUUUCAAUAAAUAAAAAAAGUAUUCAAAGUGCUCAUACUAGCAGCAGCCAAUAUACUUCUAAAUCAAACCCACUCUGUUAGUAUACAUAUUCUUUGAACAAGUAUCCACGUUUCAUUAGAUUGUAUCCAUUGCACAAUAAAAUGAAUUCAACACUUUCAGACUAAUAUUCAACUAAGGCUGACUAUAUGGUCCAGGUUUUUUGGUUUUAUUCGAAAUCGGACCGUAUAAUUUGGACUGAGACCGGAUAGCGAAGAAUAUAAUCCUAUCUUCGGGCCCAAAUUUGAGAUAAAAAAUCGUUUGGGACCUGACCGAAAACCGGAUAAGAGAGCCCAACACCCAAGAUUUAACCUUCUAACCCUUUCAGUUAUGAGGCCACUCAAAUCCCCCCUCAGCCCACUCAAAUCGCUACAAGGUCAAUCUAAAAUCAAGACCGAAAUGAGACUAAACCGGUUCACGACGAGACUGUAUCCAAUCCAAUCUUUGGUCCUUAUAUUCUCGAAAAGAAGAAAGCGACCGGAUCAAAUCAGAUCAAUUUAACCGAACCGGACCGUAUAGUCACCCCUAUAUUCAAGAUUCAACUACAAAUGGACACUAAUUAGUGGACUCGUAACAAUGAAUAUUAGUAUUCAUUUUCUCCAAAUAUGUAUCCACACUAAUUAAAACGUACUCAUUGGCUGGCCUCCAACAUGGUCAGACUAGUAUCCAACAUAAUUUGAAAUCGUACCGACUAACCCGUAUCCAUUGAUCUAAAAAAAGUACUCAGCACCUCCAGGCUAAUAUUCAACAACAAAUGGAAAAUGAAAUAGAAGGUUACUCUACCGAUAUAGCAACUCUUAAAGCGCAUAAACAUUCCAAAACUCAAGAUCAUAUGAGCGACAAAAUUGGUGCCCUAGGCGGCAAUGGCCAUCGAUUUUCAAGUCCUUUUGGGAGCCUUGUAUUUGAAUGAUGUUUUCUCAUGGUUUUGUCUCCAUGAGCAACUAGUUCGUAGUUGAGUAGGUUUGUGAACCCUAAAAGUUCUUUAUAAUGUGUAACUAUUGAUUCUGAGUAUAUAUAAGUAUUUGAGUUUCUUAUUUUAUGUGCUUGAUAUCUUAGUUUGAUUUUUUUUUUUUUUGUCAUUGAAAUCUUGGUAGAUUUACAAGGCAAGGAUAAGGGUAGCCACAACAGAUCGGCACACUCACUUAUCAAAGGUCAUAAAAACAAGUAUAUAUAAGUAUUUGAGUUUCUUAUUUUAUGUGCUUGAUAUCUUAGUUUGAUUUAUUAUCAAUGAAAUUGCGUGUUAAAG